AUGUACAACCUCUCGACCGGCCGGAGCGGAAGGAGGCAGUUCUGGGAGGAACGGUUUGUUGACGAGGGAGCGGUUGAUCCAGAGUUCGCCAACGAACAGGAGGCAUACGACUACUACGAGGAAGCCUUAUAUAACGACGACGAGGCUAUAUAUAGCGACCCCGAAGCCUACCUAGCCGACCAGGACGAGGACAAUCCCGAGUUCGAAUCCGUUGCGCAGCUUGACACUCGGGCCGCUAUGUAA